AUGAAUAAAGAGAAGGGAACCAAGAAGAAGGGGACAGAAAAGGGAGAUGACGAGGGGACUGCUGGGAAGGAGGAGGAAGCAGCAGGGGCGAAGCGCAAGACCAAGGAGACAAAGAAGCAAGAGACAGUCGGGGGUGAUACGGAGGCGUGUGAAGGAGACGCUGGGAUUCCGUGGAAGAAGCUCAUUCGGCAGCAGCUCAAGGCGGCACCCAGUCACGAGCUGCCACUCAAGGCGCUGAGGAAGCAGGUGCUAGCAGCAGCCAAGCGAGUGCUGGCAGAGCAAAGCUCAAAGGAAAGCGCCAAGGACAGCUGCAAGCAGGGUGCAGGCAAGGGAAGGGGAAGCAGCAGCAAGGAGGAGCUGUUGGCUGCCUUCCAACGCUCUGUGAGCUCUCUGCUCUCACGCUCCCUCUCUCCCUCUUGA